AUGGAUUUACAGGAACAUUGCCAAGUAAUAGGUGAAUCUAAUAAGUAUUUACAAUAUAAAUCGAUAAGUCACAAUCCCCAGUUCGUCCAAGAAGUAGAGGAAGAGAUAAUAGAAUUGUGCGAACCUAUUGUCAUCAUUGAAUAGAUGCAAGAGUAAACUAUCAUUGAACUUGACUAAGCCUAAUUUGGUACUAAUUACGAUAGUGAACCUAAAGAAGGAAUGUGA